GGACAGUAAGCAGCACUACUCACUCCGAAGAAAGAUCUUACGAUAUUCUUUCGAUCGGUGCCUUAAAGUUUACUUUUCUCAGUAACUGUCUAUUUUUUCGCUACUGAUCUACCGCUAAAUCACAACACACUAAAUGAAGACAGGGUAUGUUGUCCACAGCAUGGAUUGAGACAGUUACUUCCAAUAGGAUCUCAAAGCUGGCCCAUAUCACCGGGUCAGAUAGAAUCAUAAUUAGUGGCAAUUCAACCAUUCAUCCAGGAGUCAUACUUAGAGGAGAUGUAGAACUCUUACCUUCACAAUCAAAUCCUACUGCCAAUCCUACCACUAUCAUGUUAGGUAAAUAUUGUUAUUUAAAGCAAGAUGCUUCUAUUACUCCUCCAGUAAUUAAACGUGCUGAAGAUAAAGUAUGGCAUGGUCCAGUAAAUAUAGGAGCUUAUACAGUAAUUGGUACCAAUUCAAUUAUUAAACUGGCUAAUAUUGGUAAUCGAGUAAUUAUUGAAGAUGAAUGUGUACUUAAUAAUCUCAGUAUUGUAUAUGAUUGUUGUAUAAUUCGCCAGGGAACAAUAAUCCCUGAAAAAUUCGUAAUUCCUCCCUACAGCGAAGUUAAGGGAACGCCAGGAAAAGACUUUACUAUAACCAAUCUUAAUCCGGGUUACAAGUCUUUGAUUGAGUUGGAAGCCAAACAAUUACAAAUCUUAGGCAAUUAGCAUUUAUGUAUGUACAUAUACAUAUACAUAUAUACAUAUAUACAUAU